AUGGCAGCUUUCAGUAAGCUUGCUAAACAAUGUCUUUGUGUUGCACGAUUAACCAUUUUACCGGCAAGAUUUUCAUCUGAUCGAAUUUUCUAUAGACGUCCAUCGGUUCUUUAUUUUAAUCGUUGCAAAGAUAUCGCUCAUUUCUAUGUUAUUUGCCUUGGUAUUAUGCCGAUGGUUUUACUUCUUGGAUUUAUCCAUGUUGUUUAUGGACCUUGUGAAUUGCAAGAUUUGCCAACUGAUGGAUCCGCUGUUCACUACUGGCAGUUCGAAAGAACGAAAUUGAAACAAUGGGCUGCGAAAUAUCUUUGCCCAUCAGAUAUUGAGCAGUACGAACGCAAUCUUGCAUAUUUCGAGAAAGCAAAUAUCUUGAGCAGAUGGAGGAAAAUUGAACAACGUGUGGAGCAUUUACAAGGUGAACGUUGGGAUUAUAAAGCAUGGUGGUAUGAGCCAGUUUCAGCUGUAUGGACUGAUUAUGGAAAAUGGGCUGCAGAAAGGAUGAAACAUCAACCUUCCGAAUUUUAA